UUUUAGAUUGACGUCCAUGGUACAUGGUUUAGCGGACAUAGUAUAUCCAUGAUCGGCUUCUAUCAGGAUAAAAGCACUGCUCAAGCUUCCCAUCAUCAUGUAAAAUGUUUCGUGAAGUCGCCAAGCUUCAAGGAUCUCAACAUUGAUCUCCAAUUUUAUCGUGACAAUAAUGCCUCGAAGUUAGAUGUUAAGGCGCUCUCAAAUAAUAGUGACGAAUACCAACUCUACUUCCACCAUCAGGCAGUAUCUGAUGUGGAGGUGAAAACUCAAGCAAAGCUCAAAAACAAGAACAAGCUGUAUUCGUUCGAGAGUCGAGUAUAUGAUGGCGAAUACAAGCGGAUAGACGCCGAACUUCAUAUCGAUCAAAUCCGAGACAUUGAUUUUUCGGUCUACAUCUACAACAGAGAGAAUGAUAAAUCGGUGGGCCUUGAAAUUCAUUGGGACGCUAACAGGGAUCCUAGUCAAAAUUUGGUGUUUAAAGGAAGUUACAAGAAAAAUGCUGCUUAUGAUCAUGUGGCCAAUUUUAUGAUUGUAUAUCCUGGAAAAUUUGUAAAGGGAGACUACCGUUUCCUACUCCAGAAGGGACGGAUAAAUACGUUGGCUUACCUGGAAUGGGACACUGGUGUAUUCAACAUAGACGUGGACAUACUGUACGAUUUUGAAACGAAAUGGUUCCUACAAUUUACUUCGAAAGUUCUUACCCCAUUUGACCAUUGGAAAAAAAUGACGCUGGAUGGAAGGUAAGAUAUACUUCAAAAAAUAUAAAAAAACAUAGGAAGUAUAAAUGGCAACACUGAUGGUUCAUGC